GACUUUAAUUCCUGGAAUGCUUCUUCUUAACACUCUCCUGUUUUAUUCCAAAGUGGUAUAGAUACCCUUACUGGAAGUCCGCGACCUAAGAAUCCGCACUCUUUUUCUCGUAGAGGUCCUAAUUAGUUUUAACUGGCAACAUUAUCAUUUCUCCCAUUCUCCCUAUCUUUUUCUUUUUUCUUUUUUAAUUCUACUUAGUUUUCUCUCAAAAUCAGUCCUUUUUUAGAUAACCAUCACUCUUGCUUUCUUUUCUCUCCUCUCUCUCUCUCUCUCUCUCUCAAUUAAUGAUUUUUUUACCUUCCAUGUCGAUUUUCAAUUUCUGCCACCGUUUUGUUCCUUGCCUUGCCGAUCCAGCAAGGAGAUCUUCGUUGGGGUUGAAAGCAGCAUUAGUGGUGUUGCAUAUUGUAUAUGCGGGCAUUCUCUUUCUUUUUGACAGUGAUUUAAUAGAGAAAACAAAACAAGAGCCAUGGUCCUACACGGGAUUAUAUCUGUUGCUGUUUGUUGCAACAUUGAUUCAAUACUUUGUUGCAUCAUGUUCUUCUCCCGGCUAUGUCCUUGAUGCAAUGAGGGAUGUGAGUGAGAAAAAUUCUUUAUUUAGAAAGGCAUCAAUGUUGUCCAAACAGCCUGCUUCAAGCAAAAAUGGAAGCUUGGUUAUUACUGUGGAAGGAAGUCAGCCAGAAAGAAAUAUUCCAGAAAGUAAUGUUACAUCUUGGACAAAGCUUGUUCUGGACAUGUAUCCACCUGGAACGUCUGUUAGAACUUUGACAUGUUCCUUUUGCAAUGUUGAACAGCCUCCACGAGGGAAGCAUUGCCAUGAUUGUGAUAGAUGUGUUCUUCAGUUUGACCAUCAUUGUGUUUGGCUUGGGGCAUGCAUUGGCCGGGGAAAUCAUUGUCGAUUUUGGUGGUACAUUUUUGAAGAAACUGCACUAUGCAUUUGGACUGGCAUCUUGUACAUCACAUCCUUGAAGGCUAACAUCUCAAGAGCUUGCUACCAGUCUCUGGUUCAUUGGGCAGAUAGACCUAACACUGAAUCAGACAGAUGGAACAAGCAUGGCCCCAAUAUCUGAACAUAAACUCAUCUUUUCAGUCAUGUCAAACGCAAAGCAAACUGGCGAGCUCAGAACUUGCAAAUGUGUCUCAGAAAAUGUCGAGCACGAUGGUAUUUUGAUGUCUAAAGCCAUGAUAAGUUCAAAGACGUGGUGUUAUUUAACUUUCUUGACCAUUUUUUUCUUAUGUUUACUAAUUUGAGUGAGUAUCCAAGGAGAAAAAUAUAUAUAAUGUGGCCAUAUUUUUCACUGA